AUGGCCCCACUGAUAAAUGUAUCUCGAACCCCACAUACCAUCGUCGAUGAUCCCGCGGAGAAAGACCAUAGUUUACGAAGCGCCUCACCACCCAGCAUCAUCCAAACCCCGUUUACAAUGGUUCCAAGCUCCAAUAUUCUUCCAGAUUGCAUAGUAAAUACACCCGCGGAUUAUUUCGAAAAAAAGGCUUCCUCUAGUCUUAAAAUAGAGACGAUGAUUUCAUCCGACAAGGGCCUAGACGUAUCAUCUGACACCCCAGUGAUUUGUCUGGGAGAAACCCAGAAAACAGAAAGCUCUGUUUUUGAAGAAAAUACAGAAGUACUGCCUCUCCAAGAUGAUGAUCCCGAGAGUCCAAUCAUGACGGUGAGAUCUGUUUUAACUGGUGUAAUCUUGGCCGUUUUCGGAGUUUCAGUUACACAGCUCUUCCUUUUCAAACCGGUCCACAUGCAAAUAAAACUCAUGUUUCUUCAAGUAGCGUCAGUGAUCAUUGGCAGAGGUUGCGCAAUGAUACCUGGUCCAGCAUGGUGGAAUCCAGGACCUUAUACUUUGAAAGAGACAGCGUUCUCCGCCUUAAUGGGAACUACAGCAAGUGUCGCUACGCUGGCAGCCGAGAUGAUCGUAGUGUACGAUUUGUACUUUGACCAGAAGAUAAGCUUGGGUGUUGCCUUUGGUAUUUUAAUGAGUUCGCAGCUCCUUGGUUUCGCAUGGGCGGGCAUACUGCAGCCUAUCUUGGUAUACCCCAUGCGCAAUGUAUUUCCCGAAACGCUUCCCAGUGUAUCUCUUUUACACUCCCUUUUCAGCGUCGGGAGUGAAUCCGAAGACCAGGUGAAAUUUUUCAAGAAAUCUUUCCUAGCGAUUGGGAUUUAUGAAAUAUUCCCAACGUACAUUACGCCGGCUUUCCAAGCCAUCAACGUUUUCUGCUUGACCUUGCCGAAAAAUCAACUUAUUACCGAUAUUUUCGGAGGAGCUCGACCUUUUCAAGGCAUGGGAUUGUUCAGUUUUUCUGCAGAUUGGACCAUGGUCGGUGGUCUUGGACCACUUUAUAUGCCUCUCACCACACAGUUCCAUCAACUACUUGCUUGGGUCAUCUCAACUCUGGCCUUCUUUCUUGUUUAUUCAACGUCCUGGUUUGGGGGUGGUUUAAACCAAAAAUUUCCAUUCUUGUCUGCCAGUUUAUUUACGGCAGACGGUGAGCCAUAUCCGUAUCGACAUGCUGUCAACCCAGAUGGUACCGCCAACGAGGAGUUCAUAGAAAAAGCGGGAAUUCCAUUCUACACUGGAACAUUUUAUUUGGUUCAGGUCUUCCUUUCACUAUGCUUAACCAGUGCUGUUUCCCAUGCGGUGUUUCAAAACUACCGUUUAAUUUGCUCAAUUUUUAAGAAGUCAAAGAGUUCGGAAGAGAUCGACCCAAAUCGAAUAGCCUGCCUAAAAUAUAAGGAUUUCCCACUAUGGGGGUUUGCUGUGAUUGCAAUCGUCGCCAUUGGCUUGACUUUUGGAAUGUCCGCUCUCAGCAACUCUGGAAUUUCUGUUCCUGCCUUGAUUGUCUCCUUAAUGGGUUCUUUCCUUCUGACACUUGGGACGGGGUUUAUAUUUGCGAUCAGCGGUUUCGUAGUUAGGUUAUCUACUGGUAUCCAAAUGCUUGGUGGCCUUCUGUUCCCGGGAAACGUAUUUGGCAGCAUGUGGUUUACAAUCUAUGGUGGAACAAGUGCUUACCAAGGAUUAAACAUGCUGAAAAACAUGAAAUAUGGACAAUAUAUACAUUUGCCACCAAGACUUGUUGUUUAUUCACAAUUGAUAGGCUGUACUGUCGGAAGCUUCGUUACUCUAUUAGUCGUCAAAGCCAUCUUAAAGAAUGAACGCGAGGUCUUGCUUUCACCCCACGGGAACGGGGUCUUCUCAGGUGCCGAAAUUGCGGCGUUCCAUGCCCGCGCAGUAAGCUGGGGAAUUUUUGCUAGACGGAUGUUCCUCUCUGGUCAAAAAUACUCGGCGGUCAGCUGGGGAAUGUUAAUUGGUUUCUUCCUUCCCGUUCCAUUUUUUGUCGGUCAUAAAUUUUUCCCGCGACUCAAAUUUGAUCACGUCAUCGUACCUCUCUUCUUCGGAAUCAUCCCGUCUCUGUACACAAUGGCCUACGCAGGAGAAACCAUGCGCAUUGUCGUCGGGCUGUUGUCACAGUUGUGGGCCCGCAGGUACCGAGCACAAUGGUUCCAUAAAUACAAUUAUAUUUUGUCUGCCGCUCUCGACGGCGGGACAGAGUUGGUAGUAUUUAUCUUGGCCAUGGCUUUCCAAGGCGGCGGUGGCCAUCCAGUCAAAUUUCCUACCUACUUUCUCAACCCACCCAUGUCCACACCCAGAGAUUAUUGCUAUGUGGAGUCUGACGCUCAUGGGAGCGGUUGA